UUAAAACCAGAGGAAGGCGUGAAUCAGUCUUUAAGGAGCGCACAACUGCACACAAAUACAGAAUCUGCUGAAGAAACAUCUUCGUAUCACCUGCAAAGCACUGCGCAUAAGACAGGCGAAUACGGGAUUGUCUGAUAAACGGAGCGCGCACAGAUGGCUGCUCUGAUUAGUGUCUACUCGUCGUGGCCGGAGAGUUUCGAACGCUCGCCCGGAGAAGAGGACCUCUCAGAUGGACUCACCUCUCAGAGAUCCCCGGGGGACAAGGGUUCAGAGCCCCGCAUCAGGAGACCCAUGAACGCAUUCAUGGUUUGGGCUAAAGAUGAAAGGAAAAGACUGGCAGUCCAGAAUCCAGACCUUCAUAAUGCUGAACUCAGCAAAAUGUUGGGAAAGUCUUGGAAAGCCCUGACCCCUUCCCAAAAGAGACCAUACGUGGAGGAAGCUGAAAGGCUGAGGGUACAGCACAUGCAGGACUACCCCAAUUACAAGUACAGACCACGGAGGAAGAAGCAACUGAAGCGUAUCUGCAAGCGAGUCGACCCCAGCUUCCUGCUUAACAACCUUUCUCCGGAUCAGAACUCCAUCCCGGACAACCGUAGACCAGGCGUGGACAAGGAGGAGGAAAAUGGCUACUCCUCCAGUCCAGGUCUCCCCACCAUCAGAAGUUUUAGGGCGCCUCCAAGCUCUAACGGCAGCUUCGAUACUUACCCAUAUGGGCUGCCCACCCCACCUGAAAUGUCACCGUUGGACCACAUAGACCAUGACCCAUCCUUCUACUCCUCCUCUUGCCCUGAAGAAGCUCAUCCCUAUGUGAAUGGGAAUACCUACCUUCCUGAAUACAUCCACAGCUCCAUCCAGUGUGGUGGCCAUCUGGGUCAAAUGCCCAUGUCUCAAGCAGGGUCGACCAUGGCCUCUGCUUCCAGCUGUCAACCGCCGCUCUCUUACUACAGCCCACCUUAUAACUCCAUGCACCACCACAUCCAAAGCCAUCUGGGCCAACUGUCCCCACCUCCUGAUCACCAAAAUCUGGAGACCUUGGAUCAGAUCAGCCAAGCAGAUCUAUUAGGAGAGGUGGACAGGAAUGAGUUUGACCAGUAUUUAAACUCAACAGGCCACCCAGAUCACAAUGGGAUGACCAUCACUGGACACAUCCAGGUCACUCCAACAGCUUGUACCAACAGUUCUUCAGAAACCAGUCUCAUCUCCGUGCUGGCUGAUGCUACAGCAGCUUAUUACAACAACUACGGUAUCUCGUAAACCAUACAAGUACUACUAAGACACAAACAUUUCGAUCCAUCUAAACAGCUCAGUAUUUCUGCCACAGGCAGAGAAAGAGUGGUAUAAGACACCUACAGUAGUGAAUGGACAUCUCAGGGCUGCACGGACAAAACACAAUAAAAUGAAUCAUUUCUUUUAUAUUUGUGUUGGUAAUAAGCUCUCCUCUGUACUAAACAAGUUUAUGGAACUGGUUUGUGUUGACUGUCAUUGUUGCCUGUAUAGAAGCUGUUAAACCUAUUUAAUGUGUUUACAUAAUUGCAUUUUGAUUGUCUUGAAUUUACUUUUGUUGCUGUUGUUGUUGUUGUUGUUGUUGUUGUUGUUGUUGUCCUUGCAGUUUGGGCUUAUGUCUGUAUUACGUGAAUGACUUCCUCUCUUUGUAAAUCUUCCUGCUCAAUGUAAGAAAAUGUCCAUGCUGCAUUCAUUUUGGUGUAAUAUGAAGAAAACAUGUUUUAUUGUUAUGGUAGCCUUUUGUUCCUGGGCUUCUAAAUAUUUACUCUUUAAAAAAAAUGUAAAAUAAAGAUUGUUAUUUAGGUUUGAGAAAUGGAUUUAAUUUAAAUAAAAAUAUAAACUUUUAUACACACACAACUGCCCAGUCGUUAAUCUUUUUAUAGUUUAUAUACAAACCCAGGUUCUGCAUUUGCAACUAAUUUAAUUUCACACAUAUCCAUGGGUACAGUGCAAUGUCUUACAGCCUACUUCACCAGCAUUAGUGCUGCCCUAAAUAGGCUUCUUGAGCAAGGUUAACGAGAUCUGGGCUGAGCAAAAAAUACAUAAUUCAUGUCAUCUGCUGUUUAUUACAGUCAAUUCUGUUUACCUCUUCGCAGACAUUGAAGCAGAUGCCCUUAUCCAGGACGAUUUAUAGUUUGUUACAAAAUAUC